UCAACGGGCCCGCAACGGUCACACUGCUGACGUGUUUCUAACGAAUCCAAACACGAAUCCACCAGAAACCCCCAAUACACCGCCCGCUUGCCGCCUGCCGCCCGUCGCCCGCGACGUUGCAACAUAGUUUUCACCGCAAGCGGUGCCCCACACGCACGGACACGGAACAAGAACUGAUUUGAGGCAGAACCCAGUCAGCAAUCCCGGAGAAACCGAGCAGCAUCUAGGAGGCAGAUCUACACGACUCGAUCAGCUGGCUUGUAAAAUCGAAAGAAGCCCUUUGACUCCUGACUCGAACUUUGGGUCAAGCGGAGAGCGAACAAAGGCAAUUCGGAAAUAUAUAAAGCUAGCUGCUGCUGCUGGUGGCCCAGGCGAGGAUCGAGUCCGAUCCCCCCAAUACAGUGUGAGAGACAAAGAGAGAGAGAGGCGGCGGCGAAUUGUAGCCGUGGCCAGCGCGACAGCGAGCGAGUUCCACGGAGAAACCUCGUAACCAGACACAAGCGAAGCCAUGGCGCUGCUAACCAUGAUUGCCCGGGUCAUCGACGGCCUGCCGCUGGUGGGGACCAUGCAGGAUGACGAGCAGAGCGGUCGCAGCAUAUUGGACUAUCAGAACCAGGCCAAGAUGCUCUUCCGAAAGCUGGGCACGCAUUCGCCAGCUCGCAGCAGCAUCGAAACCGGACCCUACCUAUUCCACUACCUUAUUGAGAACGAUGUCUGCUACCUGGUAAUGGUGGACAAGAUGUACUCGAAGCGACUGGCCUUCAAUUAUCUGGAAGAUCUGGCCCAGGAGUUCCAUGCCAACUAUGGCAGGCGUGUCAAUUCGGUGACGCGGCCAUACGCCUUCAUUGAAUUCGACGUGUACAUACAGAAGGCGAAAAAGCAGCUGACCGACCGCAGGCGCAACAUCAGUAACAUUAACACACAGCUGCAGGAUGUGCAGCGAAUCAUGGUGCAGAACAUUGACGAUGUGCUCCAGCGCGGCACAGUGCUGGCGGAGCUCGACACAAAGACCCAGAACCUAUCGAUGAUGUCGCAGAAGUACAAGAAGGACGCCAAGCUGCUCAACCGUAAAUCCAUGUACGUGAAGGCAGCCGUCGUGGGCAUACUGUUCAUCGUGUUCAUCAUGUACUUCUGGGUUCUGUAAUAUUCGCCGGCAGCUCCACGCUCCACUAGUGUGCCACUCGGAGCGGUGCAUGUCGGACGUCGACGUCAUAGACGGAAGGCGGCAAGACAUUUGGAGAGCCGCCAGUACACCUGUACACAUGUACACCCCAACACACACACACACACACACACACACACGCAUAUAUAUAUAUGUUUAAUUCAUAGGCAGACAUGGAAAAGCGAAGAAAACUUAGGAGCAAAACACACUUCUGACACGCGCACUGCUUCCGAGGCUUAUUUAAUUUCUAAACUUUACUUACAUUUUUGUUGUGUUUCCGGUCUGGGAUUCCAUUAACUAUUAAGCACGGAGCCCUGGUCUCCUCGCCCUUGCUCAUUUCUUUUUCUACUCUUAUUUCUCAACAAGCUUUAUGUUUACCCAAAUCUUUGUGCAGGUUUUUCUGACUUAAUUGUUUUGAUUACUUUUUUAGUUAAAUUUCAAGCUGCAACCUUUGAGCCUGCAAUGACAUACAAAAUUAAAUUAAAUUUUAAAAGAUUGUAAAUUAUAAAUGCAAAAAAUGAUCCGUAAAAGUGUGUGCGUGUACAUGUUUAGAUUGUAAUCGGAAUCGCUAUGGAGCGAUCUGUUCGAUGGGUGAUUGAUAUAAAACAAAAGAAAAACACAUAAAAUAAACAUAGCAAAGAAAACGAAAGGGAAUGAUCAGUUUUAGGCAAUUUAUAUGAAUAAAAUUAAGGCAAAUAAAUCAAUUUACAUUGUUUAAUAAAAAGACAAAAACACCGAGUAACCAA